AUGCCAAUAUGGCCCUCGUCGCCCACAUGUCUCGCCAGACCCCGCCUCAACGCUGCACUGCUGUCUUGGUCAAGAUGCCUCAGUAGCACAGCUAGGCUCAGGACACCUCACACCGACCACUUCCAAGUCCCUUGUGCUUCAGCUGGCCAUGUCAUCGUCAGCCUCCACGAUGUCAUGAAACAUCCAGUCUCAUCCCCUCUCAUCAUCAACUUGCCGCCUUUCCCGGUCCAAGACAUCGACCAUGUAGACAGCUAUCUGCCGGCCUUCCUGCACCGCUUCCCAUGCGCUACCAUCCACUACCGCUGGACCAACUCGCUGGAGAACCACACAUCUCAGCUGGAGGACAUCGAGACUGCUACCGAGGCUGAGUCUGCUGAGCCCCUGCCCCCGUCAACACCCCUCCACUGGCCAACUCCCAUCCAUGACACCCUCUUUGCCUAUGAGUUCCUCAUCGAACACCUCUCCCCGCCUCCCAACGACACCACCGGAAGCAGGUUCCAGCGCCGACCUGUCUUCGUCUAUGGCUCGUACUUGGGUGCUAGUCUGGCUUCCUCACUGGCCCUGACUGAGUCUCAUACACACCAGCCCAUGGCCAUACGAGGCCUGCUGGCGUUCAAUGGAAUCUUUAACUGGACCACCAUGCUCCCGGAUCACCCCAACAACAAGCUCAUGCUGGACGACCUGCUCGAAAUAGACAGCUUGGACGAGGUUGACAAAGAUGUGGCCUUCAUGAAAGCACUCAUGCCGUCGCACUUCCACCAACCAGCCAAUCUCUUCGACCCCUUCGCCAGCCCCGUGCUCUUCUUCCACACGGCAGGAAUGCUAGUGCCCCAGACCUUCACAGAGCGAUCAACACCAAACUUGUCCCAAGGAUUCGUGGACGCCGUGAACAAGCUCUCAUCCCCAAGUAGCACCGCCGGCGCCGAGGACCCAUACGACCGGGCCUACGUCUACUCCGACCCGGAGGACCCGCCGCCCCCAACGCCCUACGAGGACGUAGAGGCAGACACAGAGACCGAGGACACAAACACAGACACCAGCUCCUCGGCCGACAGCGGCAUAUCACUCAGCCCCAAGCCCCCGCGGAAGGGUUAUGUGACCUUCCCUCCGCGCGCCUCCUCCCUCAAGAUCCCGGACACCCUGCUCCUGCACACAACCUCGCCGCCGACCCCGUCGGUGCCGGGCUCGGUCCAGGGCCAGCGACGGCGCCUGGCGCUGUGGAAGAAACUCAAGAACGCCGAGAACAGCUUCGGCACCCAGGCGCUGGGCCUGGCCGGCCUGAUGCGCCGCAGCGUGAACCUGUACGAGCUUCGCGAGCGCGUCAAGUGGGACUUGGAGUUCAACGGCUGGGACACUGAGGCGCUCAGAAGGAUCCAGGUCCAGGACGUUGGGGAGGCUGAUCGGGCUGCGGGCGGGUUCGCCUUGGGCAGGCAGGGCGAGGAGGUCGCUUCGCGGUGGUUGGAUAGCAGGUUAGGGUAG